ACGGACCGGACCGCCCUGAUCUUCACUGCGGUCCAAGACUUUCCAGGUUCUUCUCCCAGUUUCAGUGGUGCUACCAAGUCUAACUCUCCAUCAUGUGCGAAGAGGAGGUUGCUGCUCUCGUCGUUGACAAUGGCUCCGGCAUGUGCAAGGCCGGCUUUGCAGGCGACGACGCGCCCAGGGCCGUCUUCCCGUCCAUCGUGGGCCGCCCCAGGUACCAGGGCGUCAUGGUCGGCAUGGGACAGAAGGACGCCUAUGUCGGUGACGAGGCGCAGAGCAAGAGAGGUAUCCUGACCACCAAGUAUCCUAUCGAGCACGGCAUCGUCACCAACUGGGACGACAUGGAGAAGAUCUGGCACCACACCUUCUACAACGAGCUGCGCGUCGCCCCCGAAGAGCACCCCGUGCUGCUGUCCGAGGCUCCCCUCAACCCCAAGGCCAACAGGGAGAAGAUGACCCAGAUCAUGUUCGAGACCUUCAACACCCCCGCCAUGUACGUGGCCAUCCAGGCCGUCCUGUCCCUGUACGCCUCCGGUCGCACCACCGGCAUCGUGCUGGACACCGGCGAUGGAGUCACCCACAACGUGCCCAUCUAUGAAGGCUACGCCCUGCCUCACGCCAUCCUCCGUCUGGACCUGGCCGGCCGCGACCUCACAGACUACCUGAUGAAGAUCCUGACUGAGCGCGGAUACUCCUUCGUCACAACGGCCGAGAGAGAAAUCGUCCGUGACGUGAAGGAGAAGCUGUGCUACAUCGCGCUGGACUUCGAGCAGGAGAUGGCCACCGCUGCCGCCACCUCCAGCCUGGAGAAGAGCUACGAGCUGCCGGACGGACAGGUCAUCACCGUCGGCAACGAGAGGUUCCGCUGCCCCGAGACCCUCUUCCAGCCUUCCUUCAUCGGCAUGGAGUCUGCCGGCAUCCACGAGGGCACCUACAACAGCAUCAUGAAGUGCGACAUCGACAUCCGUAAGGAUCUGUACGCCAACAACGUGCUGUCUGGCGGCUCCAGCAUGUACCCCGGCCUGGCCGACCGUCUGCAGAAGGAAGUCACCGCCCUGGCACCCAGCACCAUGAAGAUCAAGAUCGUCGCUCCUCCCGAGAGGAAGUACUCCGUCUGGAUCGGCGGGUCCAUCCUGGCCUCCCUGUCCACCUUCCAGCAGAUGUGGAUCGCCAAGCAGGAGUACGACGAGUCCGGCCCCGCCAUUGUCCACCGCAAGUGCUUCUAAAUGUGUCUUUGUGUUAUUUAUUUCUGCAAGACUUUGUUUGUGAUGUAGGCUUGUGUAGCAAAUCUCAGCUCAAAAGCAAAGCACCAGAGCUAAGCCUUGUAGAAAAGUUCCUGAGCUCGUGAGGCUGCAAGAAGCAGGGUUAUAGAAAGAGUGACCUACGUGUGUGUCUUGUCUGAUGGCUUGAUGUCGCUAACGAGUGGGGAGAGAAGUACACCAGUGACAGACAGUCUGGACUGCGGUAAUGUCGAGCAGUUAACUGUAUGUUGAAAUAUUUUACAAAGAAUUGUCUUGUCAGUACACGACCACGAGUAAAGAGAAGGAAGAGAGAUUAACUGUCGUGAGGAGUGUAAUGUACCAUGUUUGUGACGAAUGUAAGUUGGGGAGCAACUUAGCCACAGACAAGAACGCGUUGUCAUUCUUUGGUUCUGGAAUGUUUGUUCUUCAUGUACGUCGGGCAGCAGCUAUUUUCAUUAAAGUAUUUGUCACCAAAA